UCACGCCGUGACUGGCUGUAGGCCAGUCACUGAAUCCCCAUCCCCUCCCGCCGCCGUAGCAUCAGCUCCGACCCCGGCCAUCCGCCGCUGCCCACUCCCGCGCCUCGAUUCUCCGCCGCCACGCGUGCUCUCCCCUUCUCCGCACACACACAUCCUUCCUUCGGAGGCAGGCCAUGCCGCGGCGGCGGCGGCGGACGACGGUGGCAACUAAGGGAGAGCGGCGUUGACUCUCGAGCAAUGCCUUGGUCGCCGCCCCAGUCGCUUGAGCCGAGCCGAGAGCCUGGGGUGUGGCUUUUCUCUUUCCUGCUGGUGAUCACCAUCCUGUUUUUACUGAGUUUUAGUCCACUCGUGGAGUGCAUAACCUCAGAACAGAUCGAUUGUUUUCAGAUCUCAUUUUUAUUUUCCAUGGUCAGAAAUCAGAACGGAUAUGCUCAUUCGUUUAACUUCUGAUUACACACUUGCUAUUCAUGCUUAUUUUUGUGGUGUUUCAGCGUCAGCUGAUGUUCAUAGUGUGAAGAAAAUCAGAAUUUUUGUCCAUUCGUAGAGUGCAUGAUCCCAGAAAGUCAGAAUCUCAGAACAAAUUGAUUAUUUUGAAAUCUUAUUUCCUUUCCAUGGUCAGGACGGGUAGGCUCAAUCGUUGAACACCGUGUGUUAGCUUCUGAUUACAUGUUUGCUACUCCUGCCCAUAGUAGCCAUGUUUCCGGUACGAGGGGAACGAGGGACGGGAACGAGGGACGGGAUUCGGUGGCUGCCAAAACUAGGGUACGACGAGGGUAUACAUCUCUCGAAAGAUUUUUCGAUGGAGGAAACGUGAAUCCACCAUAUUCGGUACUAUGAAUCCGGUACGAGACGGUGGAUCGAGGAACGCGAACCUUGGUAUGAGACAGUGGAUCCUCGACCUGUCGAGCGUACGAGCCUUGGAUCCUUGCCUUAGCCUCAUGCGAAAAGAAAGGCAGGCACAGAUAUGCGCAGGAGGAAGCGUAGAACCGCAUGACACUAAUAUCAAUUGAUUGAUUGAUCAUUGAAGGCAGGCCAGAAAAGGAAUUCUAUUGAUUGAUUCCAUGGAUCAUAUCAAUAAUUUCCUAAUACGAUUGGGCUUCCAUUCCCAUGACAGCCCGAUUAAUUAGGCCGUCCCAUGCCUGAUCGCUAGUUUCGAAGCGUGAAACUACCAUACAGGGAUCCUGAAUCGGGGUUUUGUACUGAUUUUUAGGAAACGCAUACCGGCAACUGAAUCGUACCGUAUCCUAUCCCGUCCCCGAACCCCGAUUUGGUACGUUGAUUCCGAUUCAGGGAACGGUAUACCGUUCCCCGUUUCCGGCUACUAUGCUCCUGCCUAUUGUUCUGGUGUGUUAGUAUCAGCUGAUGUUCUUAGUGUGAACAGCCUUGGACAAUUUUGUUUCUUCUCUCCUGCCAGCUGCUGUCAGCUCAUUGUAAUAUUUUUGGUGAAGGAUCAUCGUCCUUGAUAGUAUUUUUGUAACUUCAUGUACACAAUGGUAUGGAGACAAACUCUUCUCUUGUUGCAAGUUUCGGAUGUAAUUUCUGGAGAUCUCCGGUUGGGAAAUCUUUGGUGGGUGCGUAUAUUUUGUUAAAACGAAAUGUUCUCCUUGGUCUUAUCAUAAAAAAAUAACAAUUGUAGCUUGUAGCUUAUAGUUGUCAGCAGCAAAUGUACGUCCAUUCAUGUGGCCACUUGUUGCUGUCAUAACAUAGGCUAGCUAUGCUGAAAUAAUCUUCAAUAUCGAUGCUGUACAAAAACAAGAAAAAUAAUCGAUUUAUUUUGUGUCAUCCAACAGUGCUCGAAUGGGAAGGGACUAGUCCCUUGAAAGUGCCAAGGAUUAUGCAACAGUAUGAUUAUCGCUUUAUUUCCUGUGUUGUAUAACAUGUAGCAGCCUCCACCUGUCUAGAAGGUAGCCCUGAUGCCAAAUAGCUUGAGUUCAUACACGACUUGACGGACUGCUAGCACACGAGAAGGAAGACAAUGGGUGCGGUGGCGGAAGCCGCCAUGGGCUCCGUGAUUAGGAAGCUUGGCGAUUUGCUCAUCGGCGAGCACAAGCUGUUCAAUGAAGCCAAGUACAGUAUCAGGUUUCUUAAAGCUGAGCUUGAGAGCAUACACGGUUUCCUGAAAAAGAUGUCAGAUAUGGGGGAGGAGCCUGACGAACAAACCAAGUGCUGGGUGGAUGAGGUGCGUGAGCUUUCCUACGAUAUUGAAGACAACAUCUAUGACUUUUUGCUUCAUUCUGAACAUGAGUCCAACAACAUCCCCCAGCAUGGCUUUAGGGGAUUCAUUGAUAAGUGCAUAAAUUUGUUGAGAAAAGUCAGUUCAAUAUUUUUGCUUGGUCAUCAUCAUGAGACCAUAAAAGAGCUUCAAGGACUCAAGAGACGUGUUGUAGAGGCGAGCGAGCGACGCACGAGGUACAAGCUUGAUGAAGCUAUCUGGAAGUCAAACACAGCCAUAGAUCUUCGUCUACUGGCGCUCUAUGCGGAGACAGCAGGCCUUGUUGGUAUCGAGGGGCCGAGGGAGGAACUAAUUCAGUUGAUUAUGGAUGAAAAAAGUGUUUCUGCAGGGCAGCUGAAAGUGCUCUCAAUUGUGGGAUUUGGAGGCCUUGGUAAGACUACACUUGUAAUUCAGGUUUAUCGCCAACUACAGACCCAGUUCGAGUUUCAAGCUUUUAUUUCUGUGUCCCAGAAACCAAACAUAAGGAAGAUUUUGAGACGUAUACUUUCUCAAGUUGGUUAUGUAGCCCGGGUGGAUACCCACAUGGAAAUAUGGGAUGAGGAUGAAUUGAUCAGAACACUCCAAGAAUACCUUAUGAACAAGAGAUACUUUAUUGUUAUUGAUGACAUAUGGGAUGAAAUCACAUGGAACAUUAUCAGAUGCGCUCUUCCAGAAACAAUGAAAGGUAGCAGAGUAAUUACAACUACACGAAUUAGUUCUGUGGCUAUACUGUGCUGCUCCAAUCACAGUGAGCAUGUUUAUAGGAUGAAAUCACUAAGCAACCAAGAAUCAAGAUGGUUAUUUUUCAAGAGAAUAUUUGGUUCAGAAGAUGUUUGUCCUCCUUUUCUGGAAGAUGUUUCGGUUAAAAUUUUGAAAAGAUGUGGAGGCCUGCCACUUGCAAUUAUAACUAUAGCUAGCCUUUUGGCUAGCCAACAAAACAAACUGAAGGAGCAGUGGGAGCAUGUACUGAAUUCUCUGAGCUCCAACUUGGAAGUACAUCUUUGGAACUCCUAAAGUAGUCAUCAUGUUCGGAGUGGGAUUUCCUGUUCUCAAGAGUUUUAGCAUCACGUGUAUCAAGGCAUCGUUCCUGGCCUUUGAGGCAGGGGCGAUGUCCAAGCUCCAACGGCUGGAAAUAAAUGUAAAUGCACAUGGAUGGGAGCAGCAUGGUGCUCCACCUGCCGGCAUCGGGAAACUGCCAUGUCUCGAGGAAGUCGCUGUACGUAUUGGGUGCUGCUACGCAAAUGUAUCUGAUACAAGAGCUGCACGGUCGGCUUUGCAAAAUGCCAUUGACAUGCACGCAGGUGGCCCUAUAGCUAACAUCAAGUGUGAAAACAUGUGUUUUGGUUUUGAAGACUUCGGAUGGAAGAAUAUCAAGGUUACCAAGGAUUAUAAGUUCAGCACUUGAAGACCAAAUGCUGGAUCGAUUUCUGCAUCAAGCUGGACAGACCAAGGGCCUAAUAUCCAAGGGCCAUGGACUGCUCGUCGUGAAAUGUGCGCAGCUUCUUCACCAAAUUAUCAGCUUAAUUGCUAUAGCAUGAUGUACCUCCAUAAGAAAAACUCAAAUUUUCCCUAGUUUUUGAAUAUAAGAAAUUUUCAUUUUAAUUGCUGGGUAGACAUCCACGGAGUGGUAAAAAAUGCACGAAGCACAUGUAGUGAGAGAGGGACACAAUGAGCAUAAUACAAAUUACAGAAUGGGUUGGCCAUGCACGAUUCCAGUCAGUUAGCUAGGCAGCUGCCGGUCCCUAAU